CUGCCUUAACUAGUGGUAUGCAAUGGAAUGGUUCAUACUGUAACGCAUCAGACCAAAUCGACGUUUGGACCUAAUAACACCAAAUUGAAUAUAACAGUAAUGAUCAUUAGUUUCACGUAUUUUAUAAACCGAAGAAAAUGGAUCGAAUUGACAUUUGAACAAGAACGACCAACCGAAAUGCAAAAGUGAAGUCAAGCCUACUUUUCAAAAGGCCAACCGAAAUGCAUCAAAUCAAGCCUACUCUUCAAAGGCCACGUAACCUUCUUUGAUCGCACCCAGGUUCCACUGCUUUUCAUCAUUCAUAAUCUAGUGACUACGUCCGACGUUCAUGGAGAUGGAAUCCAGGGGUCAUCCGGCUCCAACACGGAGAGCUUCUCCAGCGUGGCACAAACUCACCCAAUUCCACAACCAUUUGAGACUCCUUUUAGAAGCGGAUCGAAAGAAAGCCUGAACGGUAACGUAAAAGACCCUUCAAGAGCUGAAACCCAGAACCGAUCAUCCUCAUGAAGAACCUUACUUUUCUUUCACCCUACUUGCAAAAACUGUAAUUAUUGGGAGUUUCCAGCUGUAAGUGUGAAACUAAUUAGGUUGUCACCUGAUCAAAACAAAAUCAAAUAGGUUCUUAUUGCUGCACUAUGUAAUGAGAACGGAGAAAACUCACACCACAGCUAAGAAAAAGGUCCAAACAAGUGGGGGCAUAGAGGUCACGUAACAGCAGCAGUAGCGUGAAUUGGAAUAACUGAAUAGGUGAAUGAAUAAUAAACGCGUACGGAUACGACAUACAGAGCAGGCAGCAAAACUCCAAGUGCAAGCUAAGCUUGUUUCCUUAAUAUGCCAUUUAAAACACUAUCCUAAGCUGCAAUUUUCUUUUUUCUCCACAUAUUCUUCUUCCACUAAAAGGGAUUCUCUCAUAUUUCUUUUUCUGGCCAGGUACCCAUCUGCACUUUUGCCUUCCUACCUUGUAGAUUUUCCGACCUUUUUAGCUACAGAUCCUGAGGCGUAUCCAACAUAGGUAAUCUAACUACCCCUCCCAACUCUUAACUUUCGAUUAAGUCCCAUGAACAGUGAAAAGGCCAAGCUAGACACAAAGUGCUAAAGGGAAGAAAACAUGCACCUCGUCUUAGGGCUAUAUGCUUAUCUUUCUAAUCUAGUUUAAUCUUAUACUAGUAUUAACUACUAAGCAUCCCCUAAAGCCUUCAGAUUUGAACUCUGCAACAUACAACAGAACCUUUUCUCUCAUAUACUUUUCCCUUCCUUUUGCUGCACCUUUGUCUUGCUUGCUGAACCUUUCCUCAUUUCUCAAGUUUUCUGGUAUUCUCUUCCCCCUCCUUCCAAAUUCUCCUCCUUUUCAUCUAUUAUCUACCAUCCAAGGAAGCUCUGAUUCUUUUCUCAGUUUUAUUGUACAUAACAUAUGCAAGCAUGAUAUUUAAGCUCUUCUUCGCCUCAACGCCAUUGGCCCUUCUCCUAACUUCUUCAUCAUUCUUCUUGUUAACUAACAAGGAUAUCAGAAACUCACCUCAAAGAAAGCAGCAGGUCUGCCACAUGGGUUUUUGGCUUGUUCAAUCUUCUGUCAUCACUCUGCUGUAUCUGCUCCUAAUGUCAGGAGCUAGUGUUGCAGAGCCGCCACCCCUAGAAGCAAUCGAGGAAACCGACCUACUAGAGAAUCAAGAAUACCAGCACCAACUGUUCUCAUCCUCUUCCCUGUCCACCAGCCAUCUAGACUCAACUGGAGGGGAUGUUCCUAUCGUCAACCCAACAAGUCCAGGAACAGGAGGAGGUGGAGUUGGCGUUCCCAUCGUCAACCCAACAAGUCCUGGUACGACGCCAUAUGGGAAUCCCACCGACUCUCCGCCAACAACGCCCUUUGGCAAUCCUACAGACUCACCUCCAACACCAACUACGAUCCCCACCACAACGCCUCCAGCCCCUCCUAUGUCAGGAAACCAGCAACCCACAGCUCCAACAGGACCAGGAGGAGGAGGAGGUGGUGGUGGUGGUGGAGGAGGAGGAGGAGGAGGAGGAGGGGGGCAGUGGUGUAUAGCGAGCCCGUCUGCUUCAGAAACUGCAUUGCAGGUGGCACUUGAUUAUGCUUGCGGUUAUGGAGGAGCAGACUGCUCGGCAAUUCAGUCGGGAGCGAGUUGUUACAACCCAAACACUCUCAGAGAUCAUGCUUCUUAUGCCUUUAAUGACUACUACCAGAAGAAUCCAUCUCCUACCAGCUGCGCUUUUGGUGGAGCUGCACAACUCACUAGCACUGACCCAAGUAACGGGAGCUGUCGCUUUUCAUCAUCCAAGGGCCAGCCCAGCAUGAGUCCUCCAGCGAAUCCACCGCCAACAUUUAUGCCCCCAACUACUAUGAGUCCGCCAACAACGACGAUGCCUGGUACUGGAGGGCCACCAGCAGGGUUCGGAGGGCCACCAGGAGGAUUCGGUGGGCCACCAACAACAUUCGGUGUAGCAGAGCCAACAGGUCUUCCCAGCACUGCAACCUCCUUUCCAUCAAACCUAUUGAUCCACUUUUCAGUAACUGGCAUUCUUGGGUCUUUCAUCCUCACAAACCAUCUGUGAAAGCUUCAAGAAGUCUCUGAAUACUCCCACCUUCGGUUGGCAUUUUAUUUGCCUGUGAUGGUUCAUCAAAUUUGGAAGCAAAGCAAGGAAGAAACAAGAAAACCAGGAUUCAUCGCCUGGAAAUUAUUUAUAAUGUCUCCAAUCUAAGAUUGUUAGUCAAUGACAGGAAAGAAGGGAGAUUAUGAGGAAAGCAAUAGAACAUUGUAGCUACUUAUACUUAUAGAUACAGAGCUCCUAGUGCUAGAAUAAUAAAAUUUAUCCAAGCUGGGAUGUUUAGAAUUGCUUGUCAUUAGCUAGACCAAUAGUAGAUAUGUGAAAGACAGCUGAAAAAUUAAAAAACAUAAUCGUUCUGUAGUGCGCUCAAGAUACUUGGACAUAAUGGAUUGCCUACACAGGGGACCAUGGUGCUAACCAACUUCAUACUAACUCACUAAAUUAACAUAAACAUACACAUAAAUUUGUCAUGACUGUAACAUCAAGCCAUGAAAUAAUAAAUACAGCAAACUGAGAUGGAGGGAAUAGAUAACAUACAAAGAAAGCGGGCACUUAUUGUAUUGAAGAAAGAACAUCCACAUGA